AUGCAUUCUUUCACUUUGAUUGUUGUAGGCUUGAGUGUGAACUCUGCUGACAUGCUAUCCGCCGACAUGUCGGUUAGUGCCCUAUUUAUUCAUGAGCUUUAUCAACGUCGUCGUAAUAGACAAUUCAUGCAGCAAAGCCGACAAUUCGGUUAUCGGCCUGUCUGCUCAGACACCGCACCUCUAGGGGCCUCUCAAAUAGCCUCACGGCGUUGGUGCUUUGGGAAUUCUGGGACCGCUGUUGGACCGACCAUCGACUCUGGCCAAUCGAAUGGGCCCGGAGUGUCAUUUUCUCAUACUGUGGCCGGAAUCUAUAGUCAGGCAAGCCGAACUUUCGAGCCUGGUAUCGGCUAUCUGCCGGCCUACCAAACUCAACCGACUUGCUUUCCUUCUCUUUCUGGCCAACCGCCUCCACUUCCUGGUGUGUACAGGACACAAGCUCCUGGUGUCGAUUCCCUGGGCCUUGGCGACAUCCAGGGCAUAGUGUGCGAGGAUCAAGGCGUCAUAAGAAACACCAAACUAGAAGCGACUUCGCUUGGUAAAUUGUUGAUACUAACUUAA